UUUCACGGAAUUAUCAUGUCAUCUAUAUACAUAUUCCUUGUGUUUGUGUUGCUGCUGGAACAGACGAAACCCACUGUAUGUAAGACAAAUUCAGCAUGUACUGAUAACAUGGAUUCUAUGAUGUUUCAGGUUAUCUGGGCUGGACUGAAAAGUUUGAAACACGAGCCAAAUAAUCAAAAUAAUGGAGGAAAAGCUACUGGCGGUUCGAACUACAUACAGUGGGGUAGAUCAACGUGCACUAGUAGAAAUUCGAAGCUCGUUUACGACGGAUACACCGGUGGAUCGUCUCACACAAAAGAAGGAUCAGCAGUCAACCACCUUUGUCUACCCAAACAGCCACAAUGGGGAGUUUACGAUGCGAAAGUUAACAAUAAUCCUUUUGUCGGGGCAGCCGUUUUCAACAUCUACGAUAUCGACAUAAAAAACUCACUUUUUGACAAAAGCAAAUAUGACGGGUACAGUUUUCCAUGUGCUGUCUGUCAUACCAAGAUUGGGUCAUCAACACUUAUGAUCCCUGGCCGUAAAGAUUGCAUUGGGGAUUGGAAUAAAGAAUAUACUGGGUACCUAAUGUCUGGUUGGCCUGACCAUAAGUCUGCAACAGAGUAUAUAUGUGUCGAUGCCGAUUCUGAGCGAUUGAAGAAAGCUUCCAGCUGGACCAACAAGAGUAUUUUAUACGCUGUUGCCGCCAAAUGCAAUGGAGUACUACCAUGUCCUCCAUAUGUUGAUGGCCGGGAAAUGACUUGUGUUGUAUGCUCAAAAUAAAUACAUACAUGAAUAUUGAAAUAAAUAGUUUAUUCUCAA